AUGACUAGCACCUUAGCUCCACAGCUUUUUGCGUGCAGGUGUCUGAACGUCCGCCUGCAAGCGGAACCUGCGACCACAGCACCACCAGACUCCGCUAGCGACCCAGUGUAUGCGCAAGUCUUUGUCGGCGAUGAGGGCAUCCAAGUGGCACACCCACAAGCCACCAUUAGAAUCAAGACACCGCUGACACCUAUCUCUGGAAUAUCGCGAUGUUCCCGAUUUACGACUCUGAUUUGUCUCUUGUGUGACCUGAACGUCUAUCGCGUCUCUCAAAUCUCUUCAGCGGAUAUCGAAGGAGAGGAUGGGCCAUUGUUGCCAGCGAAUGAUUGGGUGGAGCGCGAGAUCAUGAAGAGCUCCAGUGGAUGGAUUGAGAUUCAUAAGGAUUGUUUGGUUGGCACCGCAGUAACGCAAGCAACAACGCAUCAUAAUUAUUCAACGGCAUUUUCAGUUUUACUUCCUCCUCCUUCCUCAAGGCCACCAUCUCCCAAGACGAAUGCUGAGCGUCCACCGUCGCGCACUAUCUCAUCAUCGCCAGAGCCUCCACCUUCAUACCUUUCACACACAUCUCUCUUUCCCCCGCCGCCUUUUACGCCGUCACAUCAAACCUUUCUCCAUCUCGCAUCAUUAGCUGAGAAGGAAUCUCAGGCUCACCGUGUGGCUGCUGAGCAACAAAUUGCGGAUCUAGUGCGGGAAAAAGUGGCCGACAUGGAGCGUAUCGACAACGAGCUGCGACAGCAGGUGGAAGUUCUUUGGUGGAAGUUCAAACGGAGUAUAAACGAAGUUCAAAAAGAACGGAAUUCCAAGCGAACACUAUCUCCUACAAACCACAAGGACCAGAAUCACAAAUUCGGAGUAAACGGUGUCGGAAGUCCACCAGCUACGACAAUUCGUGAUUUCAAACCCGUCUCUGUACUUAAUCCUGCGAGAGUAUCAUUGUCGCCUGGGCCUCGAGUUUCAGCACUGUCAGCUUCUCUGGCAACAACGUCGUUCCACUAUCCGAAGGCUAAUCAGAGCAGAUCGCCGCCACCUCAGUCUAAUGGUUCCCCAAAUUCGGUAUCGAGCCAAACCCUGUCGUCCACUCACUCAGAAUCAGUGACAUUGGUCCAAUCAGCCGGACGUUCCGAAGGGAGCAACGUCCUGCAAUUUCGUAGAAACAUUAACGAUUCCAUCAAUACUGCUGCAAGCUUCCGCUACUUUGUAAAUCUCGAAGAAGAUAUUUCCCGUCACAGGCGUGAGCGCCAGGCGUCCAACCCAACGGGCAACAAUCAGCAAGCUGGCCCUUCGCAAACGUCUGAAAAUCCUACCACAUCUGCAGAUAAUAAUAAUCGUAAUGAUCAACCAGAAACUCAAGUUGGGGAGGGUUCCGCAGGACCACGUGGACGAGGCAGGGGAAACCGCAGGGUCACUUUCGAUGUUCAACCUGAUGUCGUCACUAUCAAGAGGGAGGUGGGUGCAGAGAACGCGGAGCAAGAAGCAUUGGCUGAACAGGACCCACGAGAAAUAAUUUUUGAACUGGAAGAUCUUGACGGUGUUGAUCAAUCGCCCAAAUCGCGGCACACAUUACCACUCAUUGAACAACCCGCGGUAUUCCGUCCAUCACGACCAGGAAAAUCGAGACAACAGGCGAAUGGGCUUUCGGGAUCAUUUUCAUCCCUUCGACCUUCUUCACUACCAGCCCCUUCACAUAUACGUCCCAUACGAAGUCAACCAGGUGUUGACUCAUCGUCUCAAGCGAUGAUGAUGUCACUGCCACGCCUAGCUCCAGUUCCAAGAGCGGGCCCUAGCCGUGUAGCAGAGGGGAAGGCCCCUGAUGCUCGGGACGCCGAGAUUUUGAAACUAGUGGCGGCUGAUAUUCCAAGCCAUCGUGGUGCAUGGAAACUGGAUGGAAAGGCGUGGCAAACAUUUACUCGUCGUCAAGGUUCUAAGGAUCACCUGAAUCACGAUAACAUACCGGAAGAGGGCGAGUACGAAACCGAGGAAAUGUCAACUGAAACAAAUGAAGUGGGUGCACCAGGUGAAGACGAAGAUGAGGACGAGGAUGAGGGCUAUGACGACUUCCCCACCAGCCUCCCACAAAUUCCCAGUUCGGUGCCAAUAAAUAUCAUCAAUCGUUCGCGACAACGAGAAGUUCUGAGUCUUGCUUCUUAUGUACCGAAGUCAAAUCUAGCGGACGAGAAUGAACCAGGGCCCUCUUCAACCACCCACAAAGCUUCAUCUUCGGUAGCAAUGCGCAAAGCCGCAUAUGCAGAGCGAGAUCGAUCACGGUCGAUGGACCCUGGAGCUUUGGAUUUUGCAGAUGAAGAAGUGGACGAAGAGGAAGAUGGCGAGAGCGAAAGCGAGCCUCAAGGUAACACAGAAGGGGAUGCAGGAGGAAGGGGACGGAAACGGGCUUUGAAGAUUCUGCAAGCACGGAGCGAGUUGCCUCCGUCAGGGAUGUGGAGGAGUUUGGCUUCGUGA